AUGCUCGCCUCAAGCCUCCUCACCCUCGCGGCCGCGACUCUCGCCACCGCCCUCCCAGCCGGCGUCGAGCCAGCAGCAGCACCCGGCCAAUUCGAAGUCACCAACUUCGUCUUCGGCUGCACCGUCGGCUGCGACUGGUACCUCGACAUCGCCGUGCACCCAGACAUUGCCGGCACCCACCCAAGCGUACCGAACGGCGUGCACUGCGAGGGCAACCUCGACGACAACAAGUCCUUCAAGGAGUGCGCACACGUCAGCAACGGCUCGAAACUCUACGCUUUCAUUAGCAAGGACGACAACCUCCUCCAGCUCCGAUAUGAGGUUACCGAUGUGGCUACCUCGACUGUCUACAACUACUACGGCGAGAAGGCUGUUUACGCUGCCACGAGCGAUUACGCGGACCUCCAGACACCCGAGUUCAAUGUUACGGAGAUUUCGGGAACCAAGAGCAAGAGUGCUUGA